UUUCGUCUUCAGUCAUUAUUCGUCCCGAAAAAUGAAUAAUAUUGAAAAAAAUGUAAAAAGAUGGAUUGAAUUCAUUCAAACGGAACAAUUGGAUAGAAUAACGGACGAGAUUCAGAUAAUCGAUCAUUCAGAUUCAACAGAGAAUGUAAACAAACAUGUUUUCAAACUGUUAUUAUAUUUGUCACACACUGCAGACAGAUGCAACAAGCGAAAUAGUGCCAUAGGAAAGGAGAUUUACAGGUUGACAUGUCAAUUGCGUUUAAUUCUGACUGAAAUACCCGAUAGUAAAAAAUUUAUUUCUAGUUUGUACCAUAUUAUUCGCUGUUUAUUAAUUAUGUGUAUGUAUAAGGAAGCAUUUAGAGUUUGUUCUUUCUUAAACACUGAAGCUAUAUGCAUUUCUGAUACAGCUGUGAGUGACAUACUAUUAAAAAUAGCUUAUUUGUGGUCUAAUGCUGUGAAUAGUGCAUUCAAUAUUUUACAAAGAGAUCCUUCAAAUCUCAGAUAUUAUUAUGAAAUGAAAGAUGUUAUAAAGUAUGAAUUAGAUAUGAUACGAAUAGCAUAUGUAAGUUAUACGAAACAUUUGCUUAUGAAGAUAAGUUCAUAUACAGACAAAAUGGCACCAUUAAAUAAAGAAGAUUUCUGUAUAUUUAUAAUUGAAUAUUUGAACCAGAUAAAAAUCAUUAUAAAGGAAGACGAGAAGUAUGUUAUAUCUCGUUAUGUGCUUCACAUAGUAAGUAGGGUCAUGUGUGAAUACGCUAAUGAAGAAAGCCUGAAGACUGCAAUACAAGUUUUGGGUAAUUUGAGCAACUGUUUUAAACCAAUUUUAAUAGAAGAUGAAGAAUGUUAUCAAUGCUACCAGCAGCUUGAAUCUCUCUGCCUUAUAAUCAUGAAACCAAUUGAAUGUUUAGUGAAUAAUACUGCUAAUAGCAUUCAAGAUUUUUGUAAUGAUUAUUUAAAAAUUCCAAAGAGAUACGGGUAUUCUGGAUCUAUUAAAUGGACCACUUUCAGUAUUGUUCAAAUUCUACAAUCUUUAUUUAUAUAUUGGGAAAUGUGUAUCAAAGCAGGAAAGAAAGUGUUCCUGAGGAAUAAUGUAUUAUUAGAAAUAAUGAACUUGGUUCCUCACAUAAGUAAAUGCUUUCUUCAUCAGAUAUCAGAUAAAUGCAAAUCUUGCCAAAGUAGAGAAUGUAUGGUAAGAACAGAUAUGUACAAUGUGAUAGUAAUAAAAACCAGAUGUAUUAAUUUAAUUAGCAAGCUCUCUGCAAACGAUCUGUCAAAAGAUAUUUGUAGACUUGCUCAAAGAUUCUUGGAACAAAAUGUAGCGCAUAUUUACAAAAUGAAAGAAUGCAGGUGUAAGUGUUGGCCACAGUUAUGGUCUACCUGUAGUGCUUUGCUCUAUAAUUUGGGCAUAAUGUCUGAAUGCUUUUACAAAGAAAGCGUGUCUUUGUUUUCUUUACUAUGCUCUUCUAUUGUACAAUUUGAGGGUGUCCAACAGAAGUCUCAGUACAUUAAUCUUCAGAAUCCCAUAUGCUUCACAUUGCAUAGAUUGUCUUCACUUCAUUAUAAUCAUGGUAUGUACAGAGAAGCUAUGACUGUGACAGCAUUAAAUGCUCUAUUAAGUUAUAAAGAUUCAGACACAAAAGCAUUUCGCAUGUGGGCAAACAUUAAACAUAAAUCUGUAAAUUCCAAGGAAAUAAUGGAAAUGACGAUUUUGUCUUGCUUAAAGACAGAUAGAGCAAAGAUAGAAGAAUUGGGACUGUUCUUUGAACUGUCCCAAUAUGACCUCGUUGAAAUAUGUUUGAGAGAGGCAAAAGGAUUGCAAGAAGCAAAAGUCAAUCUUUCAGAUGCCAUUCGUAAAGUGCUUGGUGAAAUGAUAACAUUAAACGCGACUCCGAUCCUAUACGCUCGUGUAGUUCAAAUGUUAGUAUACCAUUUGCUAAAUUUCGUUUACAUUGAGAACACUUUAGACUGCCUUAAGCAAGCAGUUUCCAAUUUAGAACGGAUAAAGACGAGUAACUCUGUUUUGUGUUUGCAAGCCAAUUUGGAAUUUUAUAUUUUUAUAACAAAAUUGCAAAUUAUGAGUGAGAAAACUCAAGUAGAAAUGGAGAACACGAAAUUUGCAUUGCAUGCACCAAAGAUAUCAGAAAUCGGUGAAAAUGAGUCCCGUGAUGUGGUCCCUGCUUAUUCUACGAUAAAUAUUAAAGAGGAUUCUAGACUUGUAACAUAUUUAGAGACGCCUUUGGGGAAAUGGAAUAAAUGCUUAGAACAAAACAUUGAAGAAAUUGUUAGAGGCUCUGAACCACUGAUAACACUUUACACACUAAUAAUAGCUGGUGAAUAUGCUCGUUUGUAUCGUUAUCAGAAAUGUGAAGUUAAUAUAUGGAAACUUGCAUACAAAUUAGCUAGUGAGAUGCAAGAUAAUCGAGCGAUUAUUUAUAUUACUGGUCGUAGUGUAUCACUGAGACAUAUUAACCAGAAAUGGAUUAUAACUGCAAAAGAGCUUGCUAACAAACUCCAAGAUACCAACGAUGAAGACACGAUUUACGCGAUUGCCGUUUUUUGGAUAAGUUUGUCAGACUUUUAUUUUGAAUGUAAUAUGUAUGGUGAAGCUAGAAAGUUACUAAAUGAAUCCAGAAAACUACCGGGAAUUUCUUUUUUUUCUAACACAGCUGUAUAUUUAUACAGUCUGGAUAGAAUUUUGUGGAAUUGUUCUAUGUACAAAGAAGAUAUCAAGCAUGAAGAAUACACUCGCUAUAUUGUUGAAACAUUGUACACUAUAGUCAAUUUAAACGAGGAGUUAUCUGCAAAAAAAUGGAAAUCUCGAGACAAGUAUCUCUUCGGCUUCGAUAUACUACUAUCUGCAACAAUUAAUUUAUCCUUGCGAAUGAAUAGUUUAUUGUCAUUUAGAGAAAUUGGUGCCCAUCUAGUACGGCGACUAAGAACAGCACAAACUUUAGGAGCAACCAUAAGAGUCGCAGAAGUAUUAAAAUCACUUUGUUACAUUGACCUGUCACGUUCGCAAUUAAGUGAUUGUGAAGUGAAACUACAAGGGUUGGAACAUAUCUUAAAUAUUGAGUCAUUUAAAGCAUCGAUGACUAUUAGUUCAGCAAAAGUCACAGUGCAGAACGUUUUGACUCCAGUUCGAGUUCUGGAAUCUGUCAGGGACGUUCCGCAAAACGAUGCAUCGCCAAUUCUUCGAAAUAAAUGCUUCGAUCUUCCCGAAUUUAUGCUUCACACAGAUUGUGCAUGCUAUGCAUGUCAAAAUUUAUCAUACUGUUAUUUGGUGUUUGUGGGCACUCAUAUCAGGGCCCAAUUGUAUGCACUACAAAAGAAAUUUUCGGCAUCGUUGCAACACUUCAGUGGUGCAUUUCGGAUAAAAGAAAAAUUAAUAAAGAUGGAGAAAUCUGUGUCGAGGCAAAAAAAGGGAUAUUUCUCUUUGCAAGAACGCCUUUAUAGUAUUGAUUACGUACUCUUAUUGAUCAACUUCUCUUAUUUCCUAAAUAAUUAUCUAAAACCAAGACAAGAUAAAACAAUGAAUAUCCUUUUCCUGGCAGUUAAAAUAUGCGGUAUGUACAAACUUAAAGGACAUCCAGUUUAUAUGUCGGUUAAAGAAUUAAUUCUCAAUUACCGUUUCCAAAAGACAAUCGAUAGCCUUGAUUGUUCAACAUUUACGGUCUUGAAAUCAUCAGACAUUAAUCUAACGAAAUACAUACAAGAAUCCAAAACUGAAGAUACCAUUUGCGUUACACCAACUACUAAUAAUUCUCGAACGAAGAAACCUAUCACUCUAAAACGAAAUCGAACUCCUCCUCUGCUGAAACUGAAUAAAGUUAGUAUGAACUUCAGUGACGAUGAAGAUAAUACUUCUUCAUCAACGUAUGGAUAUCGGAGGACAAGGUCUCGUAGCAAAUUGACCAGAAGAAAAAUUUUUGAUGAAGAGGAUACAAGCAAUACUAGUAAAGCAUUAGAAGAUAUAAAUGAACCGCGAAAAGUACUUUUACAAGAGCCUGUAAAUCUAAACGAAGAAAAUAUUAGUAACAUUUCUAUGAAUGAUGUUAUUAAUAAAAUUACAUCGUUAGUGCCAGACGUUUCGGAGUAUUUGCUUGAAGCGGUUGACAAAUUGGAGGAUCCUGUAACGAGUAAUAACAUGCAACAAUUAAUCAAGAAAAUAGAAGACCUUAAAUUAAACGCGACUACACAAAAGAAUGUUCGAAAAACCCGACAUUUGAAGCAACUGACUUCAAACGACUGUAAGAAAAUUAAUAAAAUAAUUGCAUUUUUUAAAGACUUAGGUAUCAAUGAAAAGGAAGAUAAAAAUAAUUUAAUGUCUGAACGAAGUAAUAUAAGCGAGAGCAACAGUGUGGAGAGAUUAGAGCCAAGUAAUUUGUUUGUUGAACAAUACAAUUCUGUAGAUAAUUUGAAGAAAAUACACAGUAACGAAAGUACAAAAUCAAAAAUUACAAGACAAUCAGUGAAACAAAGUAUAACACCCCAAGAGACGCACAACGCGAAAACUAGAAGCUCUAAAAGAAACUCGUCGUGAUAUAACGCAACAAUAUUGCCAGUAUUGUAUUUUUAUAUUGAAAUUUAAAAAGAAAUUUUAGUAUGUAUGUAUUUUGUAAAGAAUUAAAAUUUAUUACAAAACCACUGUUAUAAGUCAUCGAA